GUUCUGUGGUCAGUGCAGUGUUGGAUUUUCGCAGCACAGUUUAAGGUUAAUCAGUUGUCUGCUCUCUGCUUUUAAAUGAAUAUUAUCACUUUUAUUAAUGGUGACUGGGAGGCGAACCGACCGUAGUGUUUUAAGUGGUUAAUUGAUUCGAGGUGUUUUACCCGUCCACCGUGAUCUUGCGCAGCGACAUGCGCGUGGUCACGUGUCACACAACCACUGCCAUCAGGCUACUUCUGCUAGUGGGCACCUUGUUUCUGGUACUGUUGCUGAUCCGGUGGGAUACAGGGGGUCCCAGGUUCCAUGGCUUUGUGUACAAGGCACCAACAAUGGGGGUGAUCAAAGGUGCCAUCAGCAACAUGGGCUUACAAAUCAGCGCCCCCCUACCCCCGGCGGUGAGGACCCACAUCACUCCGGCCAGCCACUGCCUACCUGGGUUUUACAGUCCCGAGGAGCUGAUGCCCCAUCUACAGAGGCCCCUUCAAAACUCCACUGCCCCUGGGGCUGAUGGGAAGGCCUUUGAGAUGGGCGAAAUGACGGCAGAGGAGCUGGUGGAAAUGCAGGAGGGUAUGAGGAGACACUGCUUCAACCAGUUUGCCAGUGACCGGAUCUCUGAGCAUCGCAGCCUGGGUGAGGACACCCGCCACCCAGACUGCGUUGGACGCACAUUCCGGCGCUGUCCUCCUCUACCCUCCACCAGCGUGAUCGUCGUGUUCCACAACGAGGCCUGGUCUACACUCCUUAGGACGGUCUACAGUGUUCUUCACACAUCCCCAGCCGCCUUUCUCAAGGAGAUCCUCCUGGUGGACGAUGCGAGCACUGCAGAGCACCUGAAGUCACGCUUGGAGAAAUAUGUGCGGCCCCUGAGGAUUGUGCGGGUGUUGAGGCAGGUCGAGAGGAAGGGCCUGAUAGCGGCCAGGCUGCUGGGGGCCAGUGAGGCCCGUGCUGAAGUGCUCACUUUCCUAGACGCCCACUGUGAGUGCUAUGAGGGCUGGCUAGAACCCCUGCUGGCUCGCAUUGUGGAGGAGCCCACUGCCGUGGUGAGCCCUGACAUUGUCAUCAUUAACAAGGACAACUUCCAGUUCAGUAGACCCAAGCCCAACAAAGAAGUCUACAAUCGUGGUAUCUUCGAGUGGGACCUGGCGUUCAACUGGGAGACCGUCCCAAAGCAUAAGCAGAUGAGGCGGAAGAAUGAGACCUACCCCAUCAAGUCUCCUACCUUUGCUGGAGGUUUGUUCUCUAUCUCAAAGUCAUACUUUGAGUACAUUGGGAGAUACGACGACAAGAUGGAGUUUUGGGGAGGAGAAAACUUGGAAAUGUCCUUCCGGGUGUGGCUCUGUGGGGGACAGCUGGAGAUCAUUCCCUGCUCAGUGGUUGGUCACGUCUUUCGUAGCGAGAGUCCCCAUACCUUCCCCAAAGGCAAUGGGGUUAUCAUGCUAAACCAAGUGCGUUUAGCUGAGGUAUGGAUGGGUGACUACAAAUGGAUCUUUUACAGGAGGAAUGGGAAGGCCGCUGAGAUUGCCAGGGAGAAAAGGUUUGGUGAUCUAUCAGAGCGCCUAAGACUAAGGGACAGGCUGCGCUGUAAAAAUUUCACCUGGUAUCUGGAGAAUAUCUACCCCGGGGCCUUCAUCCCGGACCUGGAGCCUGUUAUGUAUGGAUCGAUCAAGAACUUUGGCUCCCAGCUCUGUCUGGAUGCAGGGCAGAGUGGCCGGAGUGGAAGGGCUGUGAUCAUGUAUGUAUGUCACCAACAGGGAGGAAACCAGUACUUUGAGUACACCUCGCGCAAAGAGUUACAACAUAACGUGAAGUAUGAGCUGUGCCUGCUGGCGAAGCCGCCGCCGGAGCCUGUCCGCAUCGAGCCGUGUCACUUCAGCAGUCGUGGGACUGGCGUGGUACCUGCAGAGGUGUGGGAGUUCCUGGGUCGACAGCUGAUGAAUCCAUUUUAUAGCCUGUGCUUAACUCUGCAGGAUGAUGUCAUAAUGAUGGCUGACUGUAACCCAGCUAACCCUCACCAGCACUGGGUUUUCACCUGACCUCACUGUGUGACGACAUGAGUCACUGCUCAGACUGGCAGUGCAGUGUAUGGUUGAGACUGGGAUGUUUCUGAAUGACUUGGUGACUUUCUGCACACUUAACAGAGAGAGCAACUUACUGUGUUCAUAUUUAAGGAUAUUAAAGGAUUUCACUUGA